AUGUCACAUGGUAAAAUACCACUAAGGGCUCGAGAUGAAGGUCCUAAGUUGAGAGAAGAAAAGUCUUACACUGAUUUUUACCCUGAACUUAAUCAUCAUGAAUUACUGCCUUUAAUACUGGAAAGAGACAAUGAAGCAAGUGGUACCUCAGAUUUGGAGGAUGGCAAAAAAAAUUCUGGGUCUUUAAUGCAAGGGAGUCCAUUGAAACAGAUUAUAUUUAAUAAUAAGGUUACGGUAGAACCUUUGGGCCCGCAGUUAAAAAAGACAUGCUUUAGGCCUUGUCGUAUAACAAUUUCACAGCUAAAUGGGAAGUAUAAGGUCAGUAGUCAGUUUCAGAAGUAUGGUUAUAGAUCUAAUAUGGUAGUUAUGGGAGCAGAUGUACGAACAAUGCCAUACCUGAAAAAAACCGAUAAUUUGAUACACAAUGAGAACGAUUAUUUCAUAAAUAUUUCUCCACAUCUGAAGGAUUUUCAGGUCGAAUAUGAUAUGGAUGAGCAAGAUGAUCUUUAUUUACAAUUUCUGAAUAAUACCAGGCUCAAGGGUUCGAAGAAGCUACUUAAUCAUGAAAUAUUCGAGAUCAUAAUGACGAUUUUGGAAACUGAGUGGUUUCAUUUGGAAAAAAAAAUUCCUCAGAGAAGUUCCACGAAUGUUAUAUCAAAUUCACACGAGUCUCGUGCAGCAUGGGCACACUUCGAAUUGUAUGGAUCUGAUGAUGGUAGUGGAUAUUCGGUAGACCAGCCUUGUGCUAUUUGUGGGGGGACCGACUCUGAUACUUCUAAUGCAAUUGUAUUUUGCGACGGCUGCGACGUUGCUGUACAUCAGGAAUGCUAUGGAGUAGUAUUCAUCCCUGAAGGUCAAUGGCUAUGUCGACGCUGUAUGAUUUCUAAGAACAGAAAAAUCAAUUGCUUGUUUUGUCCAAGUCAUACAGGCGCAUUCAAGCAAACAGAUACAGGCUCGUGGGGCCAUGUCAUAUGUGCCAUUUGGAUUCCUGAGUUAUUUUUUGCUAAUAUACACUACAUGGAGCCGAUAGAAGGUAUUUAUAUAGUUCCAAAAAGUCGUUGGAGAUUGAAUUGUUACAUUUGCAAACAAAAGGUGGGUGCCUGUAUACAGUGUGCCAACAAAAACUGCUUUGCAGCUUAUCAUGUUACAUGUGCCAAGAGGGCUGGGUUAUUCAUGAACUUUGGUGGCUGCACUGUUCUAGAAGCUGCAUCCAAGAACUUUAGACCUGGAAUGAAGUUAGAAAGCUUUUGUGAUAAGCAUUCUCCUUCUGGCUGGGGGGAUUGCCAAAUUGGAAUCAUAAAGGCGAGAAGGUAUUUUCGGAAUAUCAAGGAAGUAAUGUUACAAGAAAGCAAUAAAGUCUCUCAAUUAGAUACCCACCAGGACACCAAAAUUCGUUGGAAGACAAACCGGAGUACACCAAUUGCCCCAAAUUUAUUUAUACAAGUCGUAAACCAAGUCGUAGCUACUUUCGACAUUCCAGACUCCGAAAAGUUAGCAAUAGAUUUAUGCAAAUAUUGGUCCAUGAAAAGGGAAUUAAAAAGAGGCGCGCCAUUGGUGAGAAAGUUUGAUCCAAGCUCAUUUAACACAUUAGGCACAGUGGAACUUCAAAAACGCAUAGACUUCGCCGAGGUUUUGCUUAAAGAUUUGAAUAAAUUAGAAGAACUAAGCCAUCUACUCGAGAAACGUCAGCAAGCUGCUUUAUUGAAGGACGAAGCAAAAGCGACAAUAAAUAACAUUUGGUUCCAUCCAGUCAGGUAUCUCUUGCAGAAGAAUGUUACCCCAUUAUGGGAAACUAAAGAUUUUCAAGUUAUUAGAAAGAUUGAACCUGAAUUCGCAAAUAUUCUAAGAAAGGUUGAAGAUGAUGAGUAUCCAAGUAUCACUGCGUUUUCACAUGAAGUCACAUCAGUGUUUGACAGAUUAUUUAUGCGAGAAGACACCCUGCUUCAAAUAAAUUCCAAGUUGAGUAUUUGUCAAAGGAAGUUUAAUAAACAGAUAGCUAAGAUUGACAAGAUUGAUAUUCAUAAGCUACUCUCUCGAGAUUUUACUUUUGAUGGGAAUGAGGUACGCGAAGUUGCUUGGUCGGGGCCCUUAUUGAUGAAGGAAGAGGAGUUAAGUGAAAUUGAAGAGGAAUUUACGCCUGCGCAAGAAAGAAUGUUGAAAGCGCUAUUAAGGUGA